CUCUUCUAUAAACCAUGAUGGGCAAUGAAAACAGAUUUUAUUUGUUUAAUAAAAUCUCAUGACUUAAGGUGAGCCUUUGUUUGUACUUGAACGGCCGUGAAAAGCUGCGUGCCAGUUUCAUAAAACCCAGUCAGACACAACGUUUCUGCUCAACUCAUCCCUUUUACCUUACUUUAGCGUCCUUUGCUCUUCCAUUUCUCAAAACCCUUUUAUUUUCUUCCUUUGAUCUUCGAUUCUCUUUUCCUUUUCCUUUGUUUUUUUGGCUUGCUCCGUUGUUUCUUUCUCAUCUCUUUUCCCUUCACCUCAAGGUGUCGGCUUCUCACAUUCCUCUACUUUCCACCCAAUAAACCAGAAACCUUUCACUUUGAUUCUUAGUUGCCUCUUUCUUCAUAGCUACAGCUAAUGGAGAAAACCACCGUUUCCAAUUUCUUACCAUUCUGAUUAUUUGCCUUGCUCAUAUCGUUUAUUGAUAUAUUCGUCUUGCUGUUUUCAUUUUUGGGUCUUCUCGAUCCCCUGUUGUCUACUUCUUCUGUCAUUUGCUUUGCUUUUCUGUUGAAUUAAAAAAAUGGAACCUAUUCUUACUGGUGCUGCUGCCAACCUUUCUUCGGAAGCUGCAAAAGGCAUCUUCCAAGAUAUGAAACGUCAUAUCAGAUAUGUAAUCAUUUACAAGAAAAAUGUCGACAAGUUUGAGGAGAAACUUAAGAUGUUGAUAGCAAAAAGAGCAAGUCUGCAGCAAGAGGUUGAUGCUGCAGACAGGAACGGGGAGAAGAUAAAAGCGGACGUCCAACAUUGGAGCAACACAGUGGACAAGGUAAUCAAUGAAGAUGUGAAGAAAAUGAAGGAUCUUGAAGACAAAGCAAAGAACAAGUGCUUCAUUGGCUUGUGUCCCAAUAUCAAGUCUCGCAACCAGCUUAGCAGGAAAGCAGAAGAAGGUGUCGCGACUAUUGACGACCUUAUCCAACAGUGUCAAUUUAACGGAGUGGGAUACCGUGAUGUUCCAGAAGCUAUAUUGGACGCAUCUCCUAAAGACUUUGAGACCUUUAAAUCAAGAGAAAAGGUUUUCAACGAUAUCAUGGAGGCUAUAAAAGACGCUACUAUCAACAUGAUAGGGUUGUAUGGGUUGGCUGGUAUGGGCAAAACAUCACUAGUCAAAGAAGUUGCCAGACAAGUCCAAGAGCUUAAGUUAUUUGAUUCGGUGGUUACCGUAAUUAUGACUCAGACGCCGGACAUUCAGAACAUUCAAGAUCAAAUUGCAGAGUUGUUGGGUCUAAGACUUGAAGACAAGAGUACGGUUGUAAGAGCACAUAGAUUGUGCGAAAGGUUGAAAAAAGGGAAGAAGGUUCUUGUUGUUUUAGAUAAUGUUUGGAAGAAAUUGGACCUCGAGGAAGUUGGAAUUCCAUUUGGAAACCAACACAAGGGAUGCAAGAUAUUGUUGACAUCAAGAGAUCAAAAUGUUCUCUCCAAUGGGAUGGAUGCUGAGAAAACUUUUUCAAUUGGUGAUUUAGACGAUGAAGAAGCUUGGGACUUGUUUAGGAAGAUGGUUGGGGAUAGUGUUGAAAGUGCUGAGUUGCGAUCUACAGCAAUUGAGGUAGCCCAAAGGUGUGCAAGAUUACCGCUGGCCAUUGCAACAGUUGCAAGGGCAUUGCGAAAUAAAAGUUUAUUUGCUUGGGAGGAUGCUUUACGGCAACUACAGAGGCCUUCCUCAAGCAACUUCACUGGGAUAUCCGCUGACGUAUAUUCAGCUAUAGAGUUGAGUUACAAUCAUUUAGAAAGUGAUGAACUUAAACAAACUUUCCUACUUUGCACUCUACUGCGCCAUGAUUCAAGCAUUGAUUACUUGUUGCAAUGUGCGAUUGGUUUGGGUUUAAUUAAUGGUGUCAGCACCGUGAAGGAAGCACGGAAUAGGUUGUUAACACUGGUGUCUUAUCAAGCUUGUCUAGAUUAGAAGAAUUA